AUGCAUCCAGGUUUUGGAAGAUUGCAGCUGGAGGCCGGUGGGACGAAUUCAGAGAAAAUGUUGAGCCGUAAAAGAGAAAGUAGUCCGAGGCUGGAUCUGAGGCUGAACCUGUCGCCGGUAAACUCAUCAUCGGAGUUUCAGGCGUCGUCAAACAACUCGUCGGAGAAGACGGAGGAGGGGUCAUCGGGCGUGUCAUGGGAGGCAGGAGAUGAGGGGGUGGAGACAAGGACCAUGGUGCUGGCAGGUUGUGGUCGGUGCCUCAUGUAUGUGUUGUUAUCAGAAGCAGAUCCUAAAUGCCCCAAGUGCAAGAGCACUGUCUUGCUUGACAUCGUCACCCACCAUACCUCCACCUCCACCACCACCAAAACCUAA